AUGCACAUACUUGAAGCUCUUGACGCGGUGUCGAAGCUGUUCCCGAACGCCUGUUGGGUCGCUCAUCACCAUAAUUUCGAUCCCGCGCAGUUCGCCUAUGCUUCCGACGCACAUUUGACUCCACCUCCCGCGACUAUUGAGCAAUACAUCCGCUUCAAGAAGAGUCUGGGUAUCACCAACUCGGUGUUGAUCCAUGGUCUAUCGUAUGGAGCUAACGUGGAAUUCCUCAAAAUCUUCGUGAAGGUGCUCGGCCAGUCCUCAACGAAGGGGAUUGGUGUCCUCGAUCCCGACACAGUCACCCCCGAAGCGCUGCGAGAUAUGCACAACGCUGGCAUCCGCAGCAUUCGUGUCAAUAUGUAUAGGUACAAUGCCAUGCACGAUGUCGAGGAGACCAUGUCAGCGGGAAUUCUCCUAAUCACCGAUCACUUCGCCUUACUCAAGGGCCCAAGUAUGCUGUCCCCAGAGUGUGAUGGUGAUGUGGCCCGUCAGGUGAGGUUCGAGGAUAUCAUCGAGCUGGUUCGCCAGUGCCUGUUGUAUGUCAUGCUCAGUGCAUGUUAUCGGAUCAGCAACGAAGGGCCUUCCUACCGGAGUCUCAGAUCACUUCCAGGUUCUCUAGCGGAGCGAUUGCCCCACACAGCAGGGAUGAAGGUCCGAACGAACGAGGAGGAGAUAAGAGAAACCCCGUUCCUUGUGGUGGAUGACCCCACCUGGCUAGAACGACUCUAG